GCUGCCCUAAAAUGAGCAAGUAUGAAUUCAAAAUUAUCACACCAUCACUUUCACAUAUGUCAAGUUGUGAUUUUGAUGCUGUUUAUGAACCAGCUGAGGAUACAUUUUUGCUUAUUGAUGCCUUGGAAGAUGAUCUACAGUUAAUCAGUACACUCAAACCCUCAGUGUGCUUGGAAGUUGGAAGUGGUUCUGGGGCUAUAAUUACAGCUAUAUCUAUGUUUCUUGGUAACAGCUGUCACUGCAUGGCUACAGAUAUCAGUUUUGUGGCUUGUAAAGCAACACAGAAAACAAGUCUCUAUAACAGCGCAAAUGUUGAUACAAUAAAUACUGAUUUGGCCAGUGCUGUAGUACUUCGGGGAGUAGUGGACAUAUUGAUAUUUAAUCCUCCAUAUGUUGUAACUCCUUCAGAAGAGAUAAGCUCAUGUGGCAGAAGUGAUGACAUAACACGCUCUUGGGCUGGCGGAUUGAAAGGGAGGGAGGUGAUGGAUCGUAUUUUCUCACAAGUGCCAUUACUGUUAUCAGAGACAGGUGUCUUCUAUCUUCUGGUUAUUUCUGAUAACUGUCCUUCUGAAAUUGAAAAAAUUAUGAACAGUGUGGGAUUUUCAAUGAAUAUUCUGAUGCAAAGAAAAAUCAGAGGUGAACAUCUUUUGGUUCUACGUUUCAGAAGGGCUGCAGCUUAGGGAGAGUGAAGUUGAUGUUUUCCAAAAAAUAUUUUGUAUGUUUUCCAGUAUGCUGUUCUUGGUUACAGGAAUUACUUAAUUUCUUGUUUUUGUCAAAAGAUUAGUAACUGAUACAUUCCUGCUGCAACCAAGCAGAAAACACAGAAUUAUAUUUUAUUCAGAAAUGAGAAAAAAUACUACCUGGCUGUCAUGAAGUGUUUGUUAAAGUAAUAAAGAAUAUGUGAGA